ACUAUCGGCUACUUUCCGGUCGCUCGAAAGGAAAGGGGUGACGUCCAUGGAUUCGCCGCUGUCGCCUUCCGCCUCUGCUCCGCCAGCGAGAGGCCGAGAUUAGAGAGAGAGAGAAGAGAGAAGAAGAGAGAGGAAAUUGGGGCCGACGCCGCCGUUGCCAAUGGCUCCCCACCGGCGGCGCCACCACGAUCGCUGCCCGAUCCUGGCGGUGCCCGCCAUCUCUUCCCUCGCCGCCUCCGCCCUCGUCCUCCUCCUCGUUCUCGCCCUCCUCUCCUUCUUCGCUCCGCCCCUUAUGGACCCCCCGCCCCUAUCUCACCGCCGCUCCCACCGCCAUCGGAAGCCCUCCAAUCUGACGGUGGGGGAUUCUGGUGAUCUCCGAAGGAGCACGGCCUCUGUGGAAAUUUUCCGCGUUCCGCGUGGUGGAGGGAGCGUCAAAGGUGAUCUCUGGGUCUCGAAGCUAUCGAAGCACUACCAUGGAUGCAGCAAUGCGAGCAGUAAAUUUCUAGCAGCCAAAGCAAUCACUGUUCCUGGUAGGUACUUGAUGAUCGCAACAAGCGGAGGCUUAAAUCAACAAAGAACAGGAAUAGUGGAUUCUGUUGUUGCAGCACGCAUUUUGAAUGCUACUCUAGUUGUUCCAAAGCUGGAUGAAAGAUCUUUUUGGAAAGAUGCCAGCAAUUUCGCCGAAAUUUUUGAUGUUGACUGGUUCAUCUCAUUCCUCUCAAAUGAUGUUAAAAUUGUAAAAGAGCUUCCAAAAAAGGGAAGGAAGGUUGUUAGGGCUCCAUAUAAUAUGCGUGUUCCAAGGAAGUGUACUCCAAGAUGUUACCAAAAUCGAGUCUUGCCUGUUCUUCUCAAGAAACAUGUUGUCCAGCUGUCGAAGUUUGAUUAUAGGCUUGCAAACAAGUUGGAGACAGAUCUGCAAAGACUGAGAUGUAGAGUUAACUAUCAUGCUUUAAGAUUCACCAAAUCAAUUCAGAAAAUGGGUGAUAUGUUGAUACGUCGAAUGAAGGCAAAAGGCAAGCAUUUUAUUGCCCUGCACCUGAGAUUUGAACCUGAUAUGCUUGCUUUUUCUGGGUGCUAUUAUGGUGGAGGUGAAAGGGAAAGGAGAGAACUUGGUGCCAUUCGCAAGCGUUGGAAAACUUUACAUAUAAGCAACCCAGACAAGGAACGAAGGCAUGGAAAAUGCCCGCUGUCUCCGGAAGAGGUAGGACUUAUGCUGAGGGCAUUGGGCUUUGGCAGUGAUGUUCACAUCUAUGUGGCAUCUGGUGAAAUAUAUGGAGGGGAAGAAACCCUGGCACCCCUGAAAGCACUCUUUCCCCAUUUUCAUUCAAAAGAAACUUUAGCCAGCAAGGAGGAACUGGCACCAUUCUCCUCAUUUUCAUCUCGCAUGGCUGCUCUUGAUUUUAUCGUAUGUGAUGGAAGUGAUGCUUUUGUAACCAACAACAAUGGUAACAUGGCUAGAAUUUUGGCUGGCCGAAGGAGAUACCUUGGGCACAAGAGGACAAUACGUCCUAAUGGUAAAAAACUGUACUCUCUCUUCCUACGCCGAGCAAACAUGACUUGGGAAGAAUUUGCGUCAAAGGUGCGCACUUUUCAAAAAGGAUUUAUGGGGGAGCCUAAGGAGAUAAGACCAGGUAGAGGUGAAUUUCAUGAAAAUCCCACAAGUUGUAUAUGUGAAAAUGCUGAGGCUAAGGCAGCAGCUGACUCUGAUUUCCAUAGUCACAAGGUUGGCAGUCAAAGCAUAAAUGGUAAUGUAGGCGUGCAUGUUGGUGAACCAACAUAUUAUAAUUAUACUGAUGAAGAUCUGGAUUGGAGUGACUUAGAUUAUGGAGAGGUUGCACCUCUAGGGAAAAAUUCAUUUAAUGGCACAAAUUUGGACUAUGAUCUCUUCAUAAGACCUGAGGACUCUUUGUUGGAAGAGAUUAUUUCAGAUUAGUGAUGUUGCGCUGGAGAAGAUUUUUAUACUUAAAUCAAUUCUUUCGUCACAUUAUUUUGUUCGGCAAUUUGAAAGCUUCUCUAGAGAAACAUUCUGAUCAACUGCUGCUGCGCUGUUCUUUGUACAUAUGGCCUCGGCAACAGAACUGUACAGCAUCUUUUCUUCUACCUAAGCUUGAUGUUGGAGCACCAACACGAGAGAGCAGUUUGGCUAUUGCAGAACUUGAGUCCAUUUUCACUUGCUUUUGUAUAACUUGAGCAGGGUAUAAGGUUGUUUGGCAAUUUCUUUUGGUUCAUUUUGUAAUCUUUCAUUUUCCAUUCAUGGAAAUUUGUUAUAAGGUUGUGAUGAGAAUGCCCUCAUUGGAAGCUGGACUAGAAGAGAACAUAAUUAUCUCAUGUACUCACCGGACAAAUUUAGUCAAUCAAUGAUGGCCUGUGCUGGAUAAUUUUUCCAUAGCAUUGUGGAUGA